AUGCUAAAUUCUUUGGAAGAGUGUCUAAAAGACCCCAAAAAGGACAUCUCACUAUCUAAAGAUACGCAGGGCAUUUUCGAACACAUUCAAACUGACCUCGCCGAAGUGACCAUGUUAGCACAUCCAGAUUCAGAUACAGAUCUUGGCCUCAUGAUGUACGCCUCCGACGAGGCUUUGAGUGGUGCACUUUAUCAUGUUGUUGAUGAAACUCAUCAACCUCUCGCUUUCUACCCUCAAAGACUCACUCAAACAGAGCAAAGAUACCACAACAUUAACCGCGAAUUCUUGGUGGUCUAUUCAUCAAUGAAAUACUUCAUACAUAUGUUAAUUGUAAGUCAAUUUCACGUUUUACCUGAUCACAAACCCUUGUGUAGGGCUUAUAAAAGCGCUUCACACAAGUAUUCCCCCCAUGACAGCAGCACAGAACAGGGAACGCUAUUAAAUCAUCGAUCACCGAUGGCCCAAACUGACGAUGACGCCGGCAGAGAUGCCCCAAGGUGCCAAGCUCUGCUGUGA